AUGUUGCUUCUCUGCGUGACGGUGAUACGGUUUUUGUCGAGCUGGAGGAUGGAGAGGCCUGAUCACGGAACGACGAGCCGACGAGAAGAAUCGCUGGCAUCUCAAGGACAAAGAGCACAGACCACGGAGCGAGUUUCAAACUCAGCGAUGAUUCAAUUUUUAUUUUUCGAUAUGGGUCCUGCAUUUAUGUGUCAUUAUAAAGUUGAAUGCCCCUUCUAUUUUGUUUUUCUUUUUAGUACUUCUCAAGUGCCUGCUUCUGCUACACAAAAGCCUUGGAAUUUCAGUCAUUUUCAAAUGGAUAAAGACAUAGCAUUAACACGCCGGCAAGCGAUAAUCAAAGCGCAUACGAUAUACUUUUUUUUUUUGAGAUUGAGUAUUCACUCUCAACACAUGUCAUGCUCAUGUGGUCACAGUCAGAACCACAACCACAUCCAGAAUCAAACUGCUCUGCUUAUCAUCGCCUUACUUCCUGCGAAGCCAUAUCGUCCUCGAAGAUUUUAU